CAGUCGAGUGGGGGACUCCGAGUCGUGAGCAGUGCUACAGGGGCUCCCGGCUGACGCAGAGCACGUGCAGGUCGUGAAAAAAAAAACGAGGCUUCAGUGCAGCUGGAAAUCUGCCAGCAGUCCUGCUGGAGAUUGAGAAACGCCGAAGGCUUCUGACAAAUCGCAAUCCGGCAGCCCUGGCGCCGUAUCCGGAGCCCGCUCCGUCUGCUGCCGGGUCUCCGCAGCUGACCGACCUACCGGACCAGUACAGAUCCAUGGAGAACUCCCCGAGCCAGUACGGAGCCGUGGGGAGCCCACGGAGCCAUCCGCAGGCUGCUCUGGAUGAGACCGCCGGCCACCAGCCGCCCACCACAGCGCCGGACGAGGCGGGCAGAGGAAGACGUCACGGCGGUGUGAACCAGCUGGGUGGCGUGUUCGUCAACGGCCGGCCGCUGCCCGACAUGGUCCGCCACAAGAUCGUCGAGCUGGCGCACAACGGCGUCCGCGCCUGUGACAUCAGCCGCCAGCUGCGGGUCAGCCACGGCUGCGUCAGCAAGAUACUCAGCAGGUUUUUCGAGACAGGAAGUUUCAAGGCGGGUGUCAUCGGGGGCAGCAAGCCCAAGGUGGCGACGCCGCACGUGGUGGACGCCAUCGCCAAAUACAAGCGCGAGAACCCGACCAUGUUCGCGUGGGAGAUCCGCGACCGGCUGCUGCUGGAGGGAGUCUGCAGCCAGGAAAGCGUACCGAGCGUGUCCAGCGUCAACAGGAUAGUCCGUAACCGCGCCGCGGACGCGUGCCGCGCUGACCGGGACCGGCCGGUCGGUCAGACCACCUCGGUCAUAACCCACGCGCCGCCGCCGGUCCAGAGGAGCGGGCACAGCAUCAGCGGACUGCUGGGGCUGGGCACCACCGACACAAACGGGAACACGCUGAGAAAACGGCCCAGAGAACAGGACGCCCGAGAGAUGACGUCAUCACCAGGUGACGAGGGAGCUAAACGUCAGAGUCUCCAGCAGCCCGGAUACCCGGCCGACCCGACCGGCUACCCGGCGACUAUGUUCGGUCGCCCAUCGUGGCCCGGCGCGGAGUACCCCUGCGCCGUGUCGACAGACGUGGCGAUCGGUGCGCCACUGCUCGUCGACAGGGACGAACUCGGCGCGACGCUCCACCCCAACGGCUCCCCGGUAUGCCUGCCUCCGCUGGCGACUCCGAGCGCUCCGCUGGAGGAGCAGUGGACGACAGCAGCGCCCCUGGCGGGGACCGCCGACAACUACCUCCACCACGGUGGCAGCACUGCGGGACUCACCGCGCUCACCCCUCUGCCCGCCCCCAGCACUCUCUCCUGCGCUCCCUCUCCUCUAACUCCGGCCGCUCCGGCCCACUCCGUCUGCUCCAGUCCGGUGUCGAGUUACUCGGCCGACCGGCCGUCUGACACACCCUCCCCGUCCAGUGGGUAUCGCUCCGGGCCCUCUCCCCAGCGCUCCGCACUCUCCCCGGAGCACUCCGCACUCUCCCCUCACGGCCACUCUCCCCCGCCCCAUGUCCCAGCCGGCUGGUGGCCGGCGCACAGCGGACUGGUGACGUCAUCACAGACCAGUGACGUCACGCGAGACGGUGCCGCCGUGGCUCUCGUCGACUACAGCGCCGCUUACGGGUAUCCACAGAACUACAGCUUCCACCCUAGCCCACCAGGCAGCUUCAUCAGCAUAUAGCGUUUCAAGAGUGUAGCUGAAAUAUGGUCUGCGCCGCUUGGAUUGGAGAACGAGCACAGUCAUCUGUACAUACGGAAACUGCGAACUCCCCUGACCUCUGGCAAGCUCUAUCCGAGCCUGAACACUGCAAUACUCUGAGUGAAAAUAUACCAAAGUGUUGUGAUUUGUGAAUCCCCUCCAUUUCAUGUGCACAAAUGUAUAACCCGUCGACCGUAGAAUGAUCAGUGAAUAGGCUUGUUCAUUUCAGCUCCGACUAUCGGCUGCGGAGUACUCGGUAGUUCCAGAUGUCGGCUGUUGAGUACUCAGUAGCUCCGACUAUCGGUUGCCCAGUAGCUCUGACAUGCUACAUCAGUAGCUCUGACACGCUCAGAGUAAAUCUGAACGUGGGUGGAAGUACAGACAAUGCGCAUGUGGGCAUCGGUCGUCAAUUGCAGCACCUUAGAACUCACUGUGCAAUCUGCAUUCACGCUACAGCGUCUGAUUAGGUACUGUACGCGUACCGUCAUCGUGAGCUGUUUCCCGGCACUUACCGGGGUCGGAUAUGUGACUCAAUACAUGCUGCACCCCUAAUAA